GUGGAUAUCAGGAAGAAGUUACCUGUUGAAUCGUUCUAUCCUUUCUCUUUCCUACCCUUGCAGCUACCAGGAAAGGGGUAGCAGCCGACUUGUUAGCGUCUUCAAAAAAGGUAAGGAGAGGUAGACAAGGGGCGGCGGCGGAGACUGGCUACUGCCUUCCUUAGGAGAGGCUCAACAGCUGUUUUCUACCUACUGAGUCAAGUGAACUGGUUUACGGGAGCGGGUACCUGCAUUUAAGAAGAGGGCAAGGACGGAGGAACCCAAAACCACAGAGCCGCAUGGCUUCCGCCGUCUGGGGGAGUGCCUCCUGGUGGGGCCCGCCGCCCCCAGCCCCAGCCCGGCCGCUCACGGACAUCGACUUCUGCUCUGGUGCGCAGCUGCAGGAGUUGACCCAGCUGAUCCAGGAGCUGGGUGUGCAGGAGAGCUGGAGGGACGGGCCCGAACCGGGAGCAGACCUCCUCCGAGCCAAGGACUUUGUCUUCUCUUUGCUUGGUCUAGUUCACCGUCGGGACCCCCGCUUUCCCCCCCAGGCAGAGCUCUUGCUGCUUCGUGGUGGGAUUCGCGAAGGCUCCCUGGAUCUGGGGCAUGCACCCCUGGGUCCCUAUGCCCGGGGACCUCACUACGACGCCGGCUUCACACUCCUAGUGCCCGUGUUGUCUCUGGACGGCACUGAGCGAGAGCUGCAACUGGAUCUGGAAUCCCGUUACUCAUGGCUUCGCCUCCCAGAGCUUGUGUACGGAACCUCAGUCCGGGAGUUGUGGCAAGAUUGCCUAGGACCCCCAGUCCCAGGAGGACGUGAUUUGAGCCACCAAACCAAGAGCGAAGAAAGUCCCAAGGACCCGCAAAGCUCGGUGGACCAGCCGCAAGGUGACAUCACUGAGUCUGAGUCGCAUGUGUCUUUCGAAGAAUCGUCUAGUGACGUUUCAGGGUCCGAAUCGCCUCGGCAUGACGUCACCGACCCUGGCUUUCCUGCACCAUUGAAAAAACAGAGUAGUGACGUCACGAAGGAAGCCGUCGAAUGCCCAGUCCCAAAGCCGUCGGAGACUCAGGAGGCGUGGCCUACAUUGUGUCCAGCCCAGGUGGCUGCUUGGUUCUUUGUUAAGCUGGCCGCCGUCGCAGAGUCCCUGAUCCCGGUCCCGGGCGCCCCGCGCCUGGUGCACGCAGCUCGGCAUGCGGGGGUCACUACCAUCCUCCUGGCUACGCCGGGGCCCCCGCGCCGCCUCUUGCUCUUCGACCUGAUCCCAGUGGUAUCCGUGGCCGGCUGGCCCGAGGGGGCUCGGAACCACUCGUGGGCCGGUCCGCUGGCCGCCGAGCCAGCCUCCUUCUACCUGGUGCCCGGCGGCGGCACCGAGCGUCUGGGCGCCUCGGGUUGGCAGCUCUGCUUUGCCCGCCAGGAGCUGGCGCUCAAGGCGCGCAUACCCGCGCCGCUGCUGCAGGCGUACGCAGCAGCCCAGGCGCUACUGCGCCCGCUGGUGGCCGGGACCCGGGCCGCGGCGCCCUAUCUCCUGAGGACCUUGCUGUAUUGGGCGUGCGAGCGGCUACCCGCGCUCUACCUGGCGCGGCCGGAAAAUGCAGGCGCCUGCUGCCUCGGGCUGAUAGACGAGCUGGGCCGUGUGCUCGAGGCCGGGACGCUGCCUCACUAUUUUCUGAGAGGCCGAAAGCUCUGUGCCGGGGACUGCUCCGCUGCGCUGCUCCGGGCGUUGGCCGGGCUCCGCGCGGACCCUGCCCGGGCCCUGCGUACAGCGGUGGAAGAGGCCAAGAUUGCGCGCAAGGGGGGAGGCUUAGCGGGCGUGGGGGGCGGGGCGCAUUAAAGACGCUACUCCUACCAGUGCAGAAAGUGCUUCCGUUGGCUAGUGGGACGAGGAGGGGACUGCUUGCUCCCCGACUGAGAUAUAGACUGUGUGCCCUGGGCCCAAAGCCCCCCUUCUAGAAGCUCUUCUCGUCGGUUCCUCCCCAUGCCCCCGCCUCGUCCCCG